CUAUAAAAUCGCCGGAGCCAAACUCAGCAGUCAGUGUUGCGGUGGGUGCUGUCAACCCAGCAGUUGUCUCUCUGCGUGCGUUCGCGUGUAUGCUGUGUAGAGCCGUCAUGAUGCUGCCAUUGUUAAUCGCACUCCUCACUGCUGUUGCCGUUCAGGGGAGCCCAGAGGAAGCAAAACUGUUUGAUGAACUCUUCGAUGGCUACAACAAAGAUGUCCGACCGGUGGCGACACCUAGCGACAUGCCUAUCGACACAGUGGAUGUCCAAUUCGGAAUGACCCUAACUAGACUGAGUAACGUUGACAUCCGAGCUCAAGAGAUCUCUAUCCAAGGAUGGCCGAAAAUGGUACGUUGUCAU